UCCAUCAUCGCCGCCUCCCUCCGACGACACGAUGCGGCUCGCUGCGGCGGCGGGGGCCCUCCGCCCGACGGCCGCCCUGCUCUUCCGCUCCCACCCUCAGCGCCUCCUCCCCUCUCUGCGCCGUUCCUCCCUCCCGUUGGCCCGCCGGCGGCGCCACUCCUACUCUUCCACCUCCACCGCACUCGACGACCCUCCGACGACGACUCCGGCUACCAAUACCCCCACCUCCCCGCCCGCAGCACGGGGCGGCGGAGUCAAGGCCGCCCGCCGGCGCGCGCGCGAGUCCCCCGAGGGCAUCCUUAAGCGCCAGCUCGACAUGUGCUCCCGCGACGCCGACCUCCCCACCGCGCUCGCCCUCUACGACGCGGCCCUCGACCCGGCCACCGCCGUCCCGCUCUCCAUCUACCACUACAACUGCCUCCUCUACCUCUGCUCCAACGCUGCCGCCGGUGACUCCGCCGACCCGGACCCCGACGCCGCGAAGCGCGGCUUCGAGAUCUUCGCGAGGAUGGAGGCGCAGGGCGUGGAGCCCAACGAGGCCACGCUCACGAGCGUCGCCCGCCUCGCCGCCGCGCGCCGGGACCCCGCCAUGGCCUUCUCCCUCGUCCGUCGCAUGGCCGACAUCGGCACCCCGCCGCGCCUCCGCACCUACGGCCCCGCCCUCUUCGCCUACUGCGACGCGGGGGACGCCGACGGGGCCGGCCAGGUCGAGGCCCACAUGGACGCCGCAGGGGUCGUGCCUGAGGAGGCCGAGCUCGCCGCGCUGCUCCGUGUCAAUGCCGGCAAGGCCAGGGCUGGCGAGGUGUACAGGUUGCUGCACAGGAUGCGCACUCUCGUCAGGCAGGUUGGUGAGACGACUGCCGAGGUGCUCGAGGCAUGGUUCCGGUCCGACGCAGCGGCAGAGGCCGGGGUGGAGGAGUGGGACGCCACGAAGGUCAACGAAGGGGUGCUGAAGGGGGGCGGUGGCUGGCAUGGCCAGGGCUGGCUUGGCAAGGGGCAGUGGAACGUCGGGCGGAGCGAGAUGGAUACGAAAGGUAAAUGCCAUCGUUGCGGGGAGAAGCUUGUGUGUAUAGACAUCGAUCCUUCCGAGACGGAGACCUUUGCCAAUUCGCUCACUGAACUGGCGUGCAAGCGGGAGGUCAGGGAGGAUUUCCUACGGUUUCAGGAAUGGCUCCAUCGCCAUGGACCAUUCGAUGCUGUUAUUGAUGCUGCUAAUGUCGGCCUUUACAAUAGCAAAGCUUUUAGUUUUUCUCAGGUGAACUCUGUUGUAAAUGGAAUACAAAGAAUAACUAAAUCAAAGAAAUUGCCACUGAUCGUUUUGCAUAGGAGCCGAGUAAAUGGUGGUCCUGCAAAACUUCCACACAAUCAGAAGCUUCUAGAGGGUUGGCGAAAUGCUGGAGCACUAUAUGCUACCCCUCCUGGUUCCAAUGAUGAUUGGUAUUGGUUGUAUGCAGCUGUUAGCUGCCGUUCGCUGCUUGUUACGAAUGAUGAGAUGCGGGACCACUUGUUUCAGCUACUUGGCACUAGUUUUUUUCCCAGAUGGAAAGAAAAGCACCAGGUCAGGCUAACGUACUCAGGUCGUGGUCCUGCUUUCCAUUUGCCGCCUCCUUAUUCGAUUGUUACUCAGGAAUCUGAAGCCGGAAGCUGGCAUGUACCGACAACAACCGGUGAUGACAUUGAAAAUCCACGGCAGUGGAUUUGCGCCACUAGGAAAUCUUCGGAGAAAUCCUCUGCUCUGCCCCAAGCGAGGUUAAGUGAGAUGGUCUGGUAGACUGUUAAACCUCAUCAGCAGUGCGUGAGCUCAUAUCAGAAUUAGAAUAGACACUGAGGUUUUGGCCUGGGCUGGUCUAGUUAUGCUUGCUUAGGAUUGAGCAUGACGUAUAGGUAGGCCGUAUAGUUAGCUGCUCUUGAGGCUGAGGAUCUGGCCAACAUUGUGAAGUUGUUUCGCAUUGAUAUUAGUUGCCAUGAGAAUUGUGCUGUAACAACAUUGAUGUCUCAAUUGACUGUCUGCUCCCGUGCUGCUGUGAAUGCCAAAUUUUGAUUGGUGAAAUGAAUUGGAUCCACUGGUUAAAGUUA